AUGGCGAGGAAGCUUCCAGCGGAGUUAGAGGAUGAGAUACUUUAUCGUGUUCCACCUCUGUCUCUCGCUCGAUUCAGAAGCGUUUGCAAACAAUGGAACACACUCUACAUCGACAAGAGAUUCAUCAACAAUCACUUGGCUAGUGUCCGUCCUCAGUUCAUCAUACGGGCCGUGAACGAUUCCAAGCUUUAUUCAAUAGGCAUCAAUCCCGAUGACUCCUUGGAGGUGCGUGAGCUAAACCUAGAACCUCAGAGUCCUAAGAAAGUUAAGUUGUAUCGAAACCUCUUUUAUUGCGACGGGUUUUUGUUAUGUCCUGGUUUGCCUGACGAGGUUGCGGUCUGGAAUCCAUGGUUGAGACAACAAACUAAAUGGAUCGAGCCGACGAGGAAUAGGUUCAAUUUAUAUGGACUAGGAUAUGAUCAUGGUAGACCGGAUAAGGGUUACAAGAUAUUAGGGUUUAGUUAUGGUUACCGUGGGGAGACUAUUCACCCGAGAGUUUCAAUCUACGAGUUUGCAACCAAUGCGUGGAAAGAUUGUAAGUUUGGUUUACUUGACUGGCACUUAAGAUCUCCUCGGACUGUUUUAUCUUUGAAUGGAACUUUGUAUUGGAUUGCUAAGAGGCUUGAGACUGCUGAAUGUUUUAUCCAAAGCUUCGAUUUCUCGAGGGAGAGGUUCAAUCCCUUUUGUCUCUUGCCAUGUGAGGAUAACUUUGGCGAUACUCAAAUCCUUGAGAUUUUUAGGGGAGAUCGGUUUUCUCUGUUGGAACAAUGCGAGAAAACAAAGAAGGUCAAGAUUUGGGUGACUCAGGACAUGAUUAGUGGAGAUCGUGGGAUGGAGCUUGUGUCGUGGAGACUGUUAAUGAAAGUGUCGAUACCAAACUUCCCGAGAUUACAAGACCAUAUAUACUCUAGUUCUCAGCCGAGUUACUUCAUCGAUAACAAUGAUGACAAGAGGCUCAUUGUGUGUACUUGUGAUGAAACUGGAAAGCCUUGCAUCUAUGUUGUGAAGGGAGACACGUUCAAGAAGAUUCAAAUGGGUUUUGAGGUUGAUCUCUGGCCUUAUCACCUUGUCUACGUUCCUAGUUUGGUUCCCAUUCCUUUGGCUCAAGAGAACGAGAAUGAGUAGUUUUGUUUCUAUU